ACGAUGGGUCAGUAGCGGCUUGUAUCUCGUCAAGCGUCAAUCGUUACCUAGUCUGACGUUACCGAAUAUUUCAGUCACAUAUUUCAAUUGUAUCGUUACAUUUUGUGUCGAAGUUUAAUUCAUUUAUUGAUACUUUACUAACAUAUUUACUUAACUCAAAUGAAAUUGUUUUAAUUACUUUAUAUUUUUGCUUUUAGUGUACAAGUUUAAUUCCAUCGGUUUGCUAAAAUAUUUGAGUUACUUAAAUUUUAUAUUUUUCGUGUUUGAGUUUAAUUCUAUCCAUAGUUUGCUAAAAUAUUUUCUUAAGUUUUUUAAAAUUGUUUAAACUAUUUUAUAUUCUUACAUUUGGUGUCUGUAUUUAAUUCUACCCUUACUAAAAUAUUUAGCUGAAUUUUUCAAAUUUUAUUCAACUCUAUUCAAAAUAUUUGUAUUUCUACAAUUCGAGUUUGAGUUUAAUUCUACUUUGCUAAAAUAUUUUUCUGAGUUUUUCAAAUUUUAUUCAAAUCUGCCAAAAAUAUUUAAAUUUCUACAUUUUGAGUUUGAGUUUAAUUCUACCCCUACUUUGCUAAAAUAUUUCACUGAGUUUUUCAAAUUUUAUUCAAAUCUACCAAAAAUAUUUAAAUUCCUACAUUUUGAGUUUGAGUUCAAUUCAUCUAUCGAUACUUUGUUAACUAUAUUUAUAUUCGAAUCCGUAAAAUCCUUGAAUUUGUUCGAAAAGAAAAUUUGUACGAAACGUCCGAAAAGAACAGAUUGCUGAGGUUUGUUGAAUAUGAAACGAUAAAUCGAGUGGUUCGAGAAACAUGGAGAAGGAAAGCGUGAUGAGUGAGCGGGUUGGGGAAAAUUUGGAAAAGGAUGUUAAGAAUGUUGAAGACAUGGAGGCCAUAACUUGCAAAGAAAACAAAAUGCGUGAUAUAAUUUGCAGUGGAUUACAAGAACAAAUGGCGGAAAUCAGGCAAGACGUUUUGGAGCUGGUGAAUAAUCGAAUGAACGUGAUGGUGUCGGAAAUAUUGCAGAUCGUGAACAAAAUGGCGCUAACCGAGUCUAGAGACCUCGUUGAUUCAGAGACGUACAACAACAGAACGAAAUCAACAAGACAAGAUACUCUGCCCACAAAACAAUUCCUCCAGAGGAAUUCUUUGUUGACUGACCUUUACGAAAUCAAACAUAUCCGAACGAUCUACAACGUCAUCUUAUCAACUUUGAUAGUUCUGUUGAUACACACUGCCGUCUACGAUAUUAGAAACACCGGCUCACCUAACUUCGCCAUAAACACAGUGAAAGCUGGAUUCGCCAAAAUCUCCGUAGUGCUUUGUGUUUGGCUGCUCAUGAAAAGCGCAGCUUUAGCAAAUUACGUAGCUUUUUGUUACUGGGCCACCAAUCGUCUGGAACUUUUACCGAAAUCUUUUGCCAGGAAAGUUUGGGAUUACUCUUGGUUGGUGGUAUUGAUACUUUAUCAACUAUUGUAUAUUGUUCUUCCUGCGAAAGCUGUGGUCGAUCAUGACCUGCCGAUUGCUUCCAGCAUGAUCGUACUUAUGGAACAGCUCCGUUUAAUAAUGAAGACUCAUGCGUUCAUAAGAAGCGUGGCACCAAGAUUUUUGUCGUAUAAACCACACUCGGAAGCACCGGUACCUAAACCGCCCGACUUUUCAAAAUACCUUUACUUCAUGUUUGCACCUACUUUAAUUUACCAAGACAGCUAUCCCAGGUCUAAAAGAAUUCGAUGGAACGUGGUGCUCGCCAACUUUGCCGAAGUGGUAACAAUCGUUUUCUUCGUGGGAUUCAUAUACGAGCGUUUGCUGUACCCGAUUUACCGAGAUUUCGGAAAGGAACCAAUAGAGCUAGGAAUGUUAAUUCUGAACAUCCUCAGCUCAAUGUUGCCUGGUAUUCUUAUGUUCGUUUGCGGAUUUUAUUGUCUUCUGCAUUGCUGGAUGAACGCUUUUGCCGAACUACUGCGAUUUGCGGACAAGAUGUUCUACAAAGAUUGGUGGACGUCGAUCAGCUACAGCACCUACUACCGCACCUGGAACAUCGUGGUCCACGACUGGCUGUACACCUACAUCUACAAGGACAUGUACGAGAUCAUAACACCGGGAAACCGGAAGUUGGCAGUUUGCACGGUGUUCGCCAUCUCCGCGAUCUUCCACGAGUACAUCCUCUGCCUCUCCGUGCGGUUCUUUUACCCUAUAAUGUUGGUACUCUUCGGCGUUGUCGGAUUUACAGUGGUGUUCGUGCUAAAAAGAGCCGGAAACGUGUUCCUCUGGUUCAGUUUGAGCUGCGGCAGCGGAACGUUGGUCAGCUUGUACUGCAUUGAGUACUUCGCCAGAAUCAAUUGCCCACCUUACCGGGAAGAUUUCAUGGAUUAUGUGAUACCUAGAACCUUGACGUGUAUCUUUCAUCGGGAAGUGGUUUAAGGAAAGCCGCUUCCGGCAGUUUUUGAGAAACGCUGGAGUAUUUGAAUUCUUAUUGAGAUGAUUAGAACUGCAUGCUUAAUUUGAAAUUAAGAUGGAAAAUAAAGGAACUUGAUAGAAGGCAGAUUUCAAAGAACCUUAACAAGAGUUAAGGUUCUUGUUAAGGCUAGCGGCCAUUUUGAUCGCUUCAGUGCAGAUUUUUAAGUUCUUAUACAAGUACUUUUGUUGAGGCUAUUGAAAUAAAAUUGCAUUAAGUUAACGUUUAGUUUUUGUAUAGAAAAUCUUGGUUGAUGGAAGAUUUAUGGCAGAAAAAAAUUAAUUGAUAUUAUAUUUGUUUCUGUAAUUGGAAAUUUGUUUAAUAGUGAUGUACAUUUUUUUGGG